ACGAAAGUGCCAGAGACACAGCUUUCAAUGACAGAUGUUUGAACAGUUUUCACCUGGAUAAAGUGAUUGUUUUUUGGACAAAUACGUUACUAUCGAACAACAGGCAAUUGUCUUACAAAAAAGAAUAAACGUGUGAGGAAGGGAAUGGUGAAGAUGUCUUCAAGAACAGAAAGACAAUCAACUUGUUGACAGUCUGUCAAGUGUUGAACUAUAUGAAAACAGACAGAUCGCUCAGGGAACGACAAGGGGACAACAACUACCAAUAGCUGAAAUUUUACACACAUUGUGAACAUUCAAAGACUGUGGUAUUACCAGCACUUUAGAUAACUAACUUCUGCAGAGCUUUCUGUCUUUUCAGUCGACUGUCUCUCAGAUAGUGGCUAGCUAUGUUUCCUCUAGAUUCUACGUGGAACAUUUCCUUUGCAGGUUGUGGUUUCUUGGGGAUCUAUCAUAUUGGUGUAGCGAGUUGUCUACUGGAACAGUGUCCUUUUCUAGUCCACAACGCCCGCCACAUAUACGGGGCAUCGGCAGGGGCGCUCACCGCAUCUGCGCUGGUCACCGGAGCGUGUUUAGGUGAGGCAGGCGCCAACAUCAUUGAUGUGGCUAAGGAUGCCCGGAAGCGUUUCCUGGGUCCUAUGCAUCCGUCUUUCAACCUGGUCAAGAUCAUGCGUAACAUGCUGUAUAAAACCCUGCCACCCGAUUCCCACCACAGAGCCACAGGGAGGCUGGGCAUAUCACUGACCAGGGUGACCGAUGGAGAGAAUGUCUUGGUGUCCCACUUCAACAGCAAGGAAGAGCUGGUGCAGGCCUGUGUGUGCAGUGCCUACAUCCCUGUGUACUGUGGACUGAUCCCUCCGACACUGCAGGGUGUGCGUUACGUGGACGGUGGUAUCAGUGAUAAUCUGCCUCAGUAUGAGCUGAAGAACACCAUCACUGUGUCUCCGUUCUCUGGAGAGAGUGACAUCUGCCCUAGAGACCGAUCCACCAACAUGCAUGAACUACGAUUCACCAACACCUCUAUCCAGUUUACACUCACCAACCUCUACAGAGUGUCCAGAGCUCUGUUUCCCCCUGAGCCACAGGUUAUGAAGACCAUGUGUAAACAGGGAUAUAAAGAUGCCCUUCACUUCCUGAAGAAGAACGGACUACUGAAUCAUCCAGGACCCCACAGACCUCUGAUAGCUGACGGUGAGGAUGACGAAGAUGACAUCAUGAACGAGGAUGAUGAUGAUGAGGAAGAGCAUGAGGAGCAUCAUGUAGAGAACGAGAUCAGACCCAGCGAGGAUGGGGUAGUGGUAAACCCCUCCCAAUCCUCCAUUGAGGAUCACAUCUUUGAACAUCUGCCACCCAGACUACACAAAGCUCUGGUUGAAGCCUGCAAGGAGAGAUACAGUCUGGUCCAGUCGCUAAGCAACCUGCUGCCAGUCAGGAUGGUGACGGCUAUGAUGCUUCCCUAUACGCUUCCCCUGGAGUCUGCUCUGUCCAUGACUGUUAGACUGUUAGAAUGGCUGCCUGAUGUGCAGGAGGACGUGGGAUGGAUCGGAGAACAAACGAUUAAGAUGCUACAGUGUGCUGUGACACGGGCCACCAAGACUGUGUCCAACAGGGUCUCUGCAAAGUUUUCCUACCAGUUGGAGCUGCGUCACUGCCAGUCCCUGCCUGCCCAGCUCAUCCCUGCCAGCCUGCUCCCAAGAUGGGUGAGUGGAGGCAGCUCCUCUAUCCUGGAUGUUAUCAGUCGUUUGGACCAGUACCAGAGGCAGCUGCUGCCGGGCUUCUUCUGUGUUAACCUGGACCUCCAGGGUUCCUUCUACACCAGGGGUCCCACAGGAGGGAGCCCAGUCCCAGGAGGGUCCACCAGAGCUGGGGAAGGAGGACCAGGACCAGCCUUGUCUCUUACAUCCCCCAUCAUAAACCAAGAGGAGGUAGAGGGGAUGGGGCUGAUGAUGAGGAGGCUCAGUGAAAACCACAACUCUACUGCGGCUCUUCCAGCCUCACUAUAGUAAUAUAAUGUAUGCCAUUCAGGAGACACUGAGGGCCCCCUGGGGGGGGUGACCAUUUAGUAUUACAGACAGAUUCUAAUAACAACCCAGGUAGACAGGUAGAACAGGUAGAACAGCCAGGUAGACACACCUUCAAAUUAAAGGGACAGUACACCAACGUGUGUCAUCUCAUCAUCGAUGACACAGUGCCUUGUUCGCUAACAUUUUAUUCACUCACCUGCCCAUUGGGAUGCCGAGGAUACCCACUCACCUGCCCAUUGGGAUGCCGAGGAUACCCACUCACCUGCCCAUUGGGAUGCCGAGGAUACCCACUCACCUGCCCAUUGGGAUGCCGAGGAUACCCAGGAACCUGCCCAUUGGGAUGCCGAGGAUACCCAGGAACCUGCCCAUUGGGAUGCCGAGGAUACCCAGGAACCUACAAGGAACCGCCGAUCUGCAUCGUGUCAAUGUGACUUUUACAAAAUAUAUUAAAGUCAUGAAGAUAAUAAACAGUAAAAAGUAUUUACUGUUGACUGUUGAUACCAAACAUGUUCAAGGACUAGGGAUGUUACCGAUGAACCGUUUAACCGGUUAGCCCGACCGGAAAUACAUUUCACCCGGGUCAUGCUUAUCGGUCUAUAGGUUCAUUUGAACAAUUUUGUGGAAUUAAAAUUGCCACGUGUGUAUUUCCAUUUAGUAAUCAUGCAUUUUAUUUGUCACAUGCAGCGCACAGCACACAGAGACUAGUUAGAGGAGAUGAAUACUACCUGUCAGACAGCGACAGAGUAGCUCCUGUAGGCUACUGUAGUGAAGCCUGCUGUUGGAAGCCCAGUCAUUGGUCAUCCCAGUCAUUGGUCAGCCCAGUCAUUGGUCAGCCCAGUCAUUGGUCAGCCCAGUCAUUGGGCAGCUCAGAUGCAUAGGCUAUAGUCAUAGGCUAUAGUCUGCCUACCAGCUGGAGACAGUAUAAUGUAAUGUGGAGACAGUAUAAUGUAAUGUGAGCUGGAGACAGUAUAAUGUAACGUGGAGACAGUAUAAUGUAACGUGGAGACAGUAUAAUGUAAUGUGGAGACAGUAUAAUGUAACGUGAGCUGGAGACAGUAUAAUGUAAUGUGGAGACAGUAUAAUGUAAUGCAUCCAUCCGUAGCAACAUGGAAUCAAUUAUUACAUAAAGACUUCCUCAUGCCGUUAACCAGCAUUUCUCUCCUGUUCUAUUGGUUUUCAUAUCAACUUUCUGUCGUUGUCCAGAAGCCAAAUGCACAAUCCUGGUCAUAAUAACAACCCAUCCUGGUCAUGUUAACAACCCACCCUGGUCAUGUUAUCAACCCAUCCUGGUCAUGUUAACAACCCAUAUUAACAACCCAUCCUGGUCAUGUUAACAACCCAUCCUGGUCAUAUUAUCAACCCAUCCUGGUCAUAUUAUCAACCCAUCCUGGUCAUAUUAUCAACCCAUCCUGGUCAUAUUAUCAACUCAUCCUGGUCAUAAUAACAACCCAUCCUGGUCAUAUUAUCAACCCAUCCUGGUUAUAUUAUCAACCCAUCCUGGUCAUAUUAUCAACCCAUCCUGGUCAUAUUAUCAACCCAUCCUGGUCAUAAUAACAACCCAUCCUGGUCAUAUUAUCAACCCAUCCUGGUCAUAUUAUCAACCCAUCCUGGACAUAUUAUCAACCCAUCCUGGUCAUAUUAACAACCCAUCCUGGUCAUAUUAUCAACCCAUCCUGGUCAUAGUAUCAACCCAUCCUGGUCAUAUUAACAACCCAUCCUGGUCAUAUUAUCAACCCAUCCUGGUUAUAUUAUCAACCCAUCCUGGUCAUAUUAUCAACCCAUCCUGGUCAUAUUAUCAACCCAUCCUGGUUAUAUUAUCAACCCAUCCUGGUCAUAUUAUCAACCCAUCCUGGUCAUAAUAACAACCCAUCCUGGUCAUAUUAUCAACCCAUCCUGGUCAUAUUAUCAACCCAUCCUGGACAUAUUAUCAACCCAUCCUGGUCAUAUUAACAACCCAUCCUGGUCAUAUUAUCAACCCAUCCUGGUCAUAGUAUCAACCCAUCCUGGUCAUAUUAACAACCCAUCCUGGUCAUAUUAUCAACCCAUCCUGGUUAUAUUAUCAACCCAUCCUGUUCAUAUUAUCAACCCAUCCUGGUCAUAUUAUCAACCCAUCCUGGUUAUAUUAUCAACCCAUCCUGGUCAUAUUAUCAACCCAUCCUGGUCAUAUUAUCAACCCAUCCUGGUCAUAUUAUCAACCCAUCCUGGACAUAUUAUCAACCCAUCCUGGUCAUAUUAACAACCCAUCCUGGUCAUAUUAUCAACCCAUCCUGGUCAUAGUAUCAACCCAUCCUGGUCAUAUUAACAACCCAUCCUGGUCAUGUUAUCAACCCAUCCUGGUUAUAUUAUCAACCCAUCCUGGUCAUAUUAUCAACCCAUAUUAACAACCCAUCCUGGUCAUAUUAUCAACCCAUCCUGGUCAUAUUAUCAACCCAUCCUGGUCAUAUUAUCAACCCAUCCUGGUCAUAUUAACAACCCAUCCUGGUCAUAUUAACAACCCAUCCUGGUCAUAUUAUCAACCCAUCCUGGUCAUAGUAUCAACCCAUCCUGGUCAUGUUAACAACCCAUCCUGGUCAUGUUAUCAACCCAUCCUGGUUAUAUUAUCAACCCAUCCUGGUCAUAUUAUCAACCCAUCCUGGUCAUAUUAACAACCCAUCCUGGUCAUGUUAUCAACCCAUCCUGGUUAUAUUAUCAACCCAUCCUGGUUAUAUUAUCAACCCAUCCUGGUCAUAUUAACAACCCAUCCUGGUCAUGUUAUCAACCCAUGCUGGUUAUAUUAUCAAACCAUCCUGGUCAUAUUAUCCACCCAUCCUGGUUAUAGUCUCAUCCAUCAUCUCAUCUGAUCUCUUCUGAUCUGAUCUAUUUUCCACCGUGUCUUAUAUUGACAUGUACUACUUAUUAUUAUUAUUAUUAUUAUUAGGGUGGCAGGUAGCCUAGUGGUUAGAGGAGGCAGGUAGCCUAGUGGUUAGAGGAGGCAGGUAGCCUAGUGGUUAGAGGAGGCAGGUAGCCUAGUGGUUAGAGGAGGCAGGUAGCCUAGUGGUUAGAGGAGGCAGGUAGCCUAGUGGUUAGAGGAGGCAGGUAGCCUAGUGGUUAGAGGAGGCAGGUAGCCUAGUGGUUAGAGGAGGCAGGUAGCCUAGUGGUUAGAGGAGGCAGGUAGCCUAGUGGUUAGAGCAGGUAGCCUAGUGGUUAGAGGCAGGUAGCCUAGUGGUUAGAGGAAGUAGCCUAGUGGUUAGAGCAGGUAUCCUAGUGGUUAGAGGCAGGUAGCCUAGUGGUUAGAGGAGGUAGCCUAGUGGUUAGAGGAGGUAGCCUAGUGGUUAGAGCAGGUAGCCUAGUGGUUAGAGCAGGUAGCCUAGUGGUUAGAGGCAGGUAGCCUAGUGGUUAGAGCAGGUAGCCUAGUGGUUAGAGGCAGGUAGCCUAGUGGUUAGAGGCAGGUAGACUAGUGGUUAGAGGCAGGUAGACUAGUGGUUAGAGGCAGGUAGACUAGUGGUUAGAGGCAGGUAGACUAGUGGUUAGAGGCAGGUAGACUAGUGGUUAGAGGCAGGUAGACUAGUGGUUAGAGGCAGGUAGCCUAGUGGUUAGAGGAGGCAGGUAGCCUAGUGGUUAGAGGAGGCAGGUAGCCUAGUGGUUAGAGGAGGCAGGUAGCCUAGUGGUUAGAGGAGGCAGGUAGCCUAGUGGUUAGAGGAGGCAGGUAGCCUAGUGGUUAGAGGAGGCAGGUAGCCUAGUGGUUAGAGGAGGCAGGUAGCCUAGUGGUUAGAGGAGGCAGGUAGCCUAGUGGUUAGAGGCAGGUAGACUAGUGGUUAGAGGAGGCAGGUAGACUAGUGGUUAGAUGAGGCAGGUAGCCUAGUGGUUAGAGGAGGCAGGUAGCCUAGUGGUUAGAGGAGGCAGGUAGCCUAGUGGUUAGAGGAGGCAGGUAGCCUAGUGGUUAGAGGAGGCAGGUAGCCUAGUGGUUAGAGGAGGCAGGUAGCCUAGUGGUUAGAGGAGGUAGCCUAGUGGUUAGAGGAGGUAGCCUAAUGGUUAGAGCAGGUAGCCUAGUGGUUAGAGGAGGCAGGUAGCCUAGUGGUUAGAGGAGGCAGGUAGCCUAGUGGUUAGAGGAGGCAGGUAGCCUAGUGGUUAGAGGAGGCAGGUAGCCUAGUGGUUAGAGCAGGUAGCCUAGUGGUUAGAGGAGGUAGCCUAGUGGUUAGAGCAGGUAGCCUAGUGGUUAGAGCAGGUAGCCUAGUGGUUAGAGGAGGCAGGUAGCCUAGUGGUUAGAGGAAGCAGGUAGCCUAGUGGUUAAUGUUGGACUUGUAACCAAAAGGUUGCAAGAUCAAAUCCCCAAGCUGACAAGGUACAAAUCUGUUGUUCUGCCCCUGUUCCUAGGCCGUCAUUGUAAAAGGGAAUUUAUUCUUAACUGACUUGCCUAGUUUAUAUGAUCUAAAGUCAAUAAGAUGACAAAGGAGGGAUAUCCCUCUUACUUAUUUCUAUUGAGUCAUGAUGAUGACCACAUCACCUGUUUAGGCCCUCUGCCUUUUCUUGGAGCUGAAAAUAAAUGGGCCAGUCACGAAGAUGACCCUACUUUGAUGUGACUCAAACUGAACGUUCUAGAUUAGAACAGGAGUUAUGCUUUGUGAUUAUAUUACAUUACUUCUAUGGCCAGUUUCCCAGACACAGAUUAAUUUAGCCCGGGAACUUAAUAUAUAUAUAUAUAUAUUUUUAAGUAUUUCAAUUGAGAUUAGUUAGUCCAGAACUCACGUUACAUUACUAAAUCUAACUGAAGAACCAACCUGACUGUUUCUACUAUUGCUAAAUUAAAAUAAAUUAAAAAAAUAUAUAUAUUCUUCAAAUCUAAUAUAUUUAUAUAGCCCUUCGUACAUCAGCUGAUAUCUCAAAGUGCUGUACAGAAACCCAGCCUAAAACACCAAACAGCAAGCAAUCCUAGCACGGUGGCUAGGAAAAACUCCCUAGAAAGGCCAGAACCUAGGAAGGAACCUAGAGAGGAACCAGGCUAUGUGGGGUGGCCAGUCCUCUUCUGGCUGUGCCGGGUGGAGAUUAUAACAGAACAUGGUCAAGAUGUUCAUAAAUGACCGGCAUGGUCAAAUAAUAAUAAUCACAGUAGUUGUCGAGGGUGCAACAAGUCAGCACCUCAGGAGUAAAUGUCAGUUGGCUUUUCAUAGCCAAUCAUUUAGAGUAUCUCUACCACUCCUGCUGUCUCUAGAGAGUUGAAAACAGGCGGUCUGGGACAGGUAGCACGUCCUUCUUUCCCGUCUAAACCAUUUAAGAGAAACAAACCGUAUUUUAAGCUAGAAUCGUACAGUGUGACAGGGCCACAGACACAGAAGGGUUGUGAUCAUCAGAGGGAUGACUAUAAGGGACUCUAUGCAGUACCUGUCUCUCUGUAUGACCAAUGACUAUAAGAGACUCUAUGCAAUGCAUGUGCCAACCAAUGCAGUAUUCAUUUUGAACCAAUUGUACUGUUUCUUUGUGCCACUUUCUAUAGGUCAACUUGUUUUGCUAAUAUUUAUUAAUAACCCGACAAUACCUUUCUAUUACAGUAUUUAAAAAUGUACCACGGACACAUGAUUCUGUCUUACCAACAAACGAUCAGCAUGACUCUGAAAUAUACAAUGAGAUGGGAAUAGAUGUUAAUAAUAAUACGAAAUAGAAGAAUUUACAUGAAUGAACACAUGGGAUAACUAUUGAAAAUAGACAUGUGUUUUGUUGUUAGUUUAGUAUGAAUGUUGUUUUUCAUUUCUUUUAUUACACACAUUGGUCAAUACUGAAUCACAAUGCCAGUGAACGAUGGAUGGUUCACUGCAUACAGUAUAUCCUUAAACUGUAGAUGAAAUUAAAUAAAUUAUGGGUUCUGGAUUUAAAAUAAAUAUAAACGCUUAAAAUGUU